AUGAAGGUGAAGGCGGCCACGAAAGGCGGCGCACGCGUGUACGUCAUGGGCCCGGACGCGACGGACCUCGCGAAGGCGAUCACCGCCCUCGGCGGGCGCCGAGCGUUAGUCCUUAAGGGCGGGUUCGACGCGUGGCGGAGCUCCGGGUUGAAGACGAGGAUGAAGGGGUCGUAUGAUAAGUCCAUCGUCGAGGCGUUCGGCGAGGACACGUCCGCGGCGGCGACGCAGAUCACGCAGAAGGUCACCUCGCAGAUCGGCACGGUCCGGACGCAGAUCUCCUCGGAGCCGGUCUCCGCGGCGCCGUACCUCGGCGGUCUCGCGUUGGUGACGCUGGCGGCGCUCAACUACGAGACGGCGCUGCAAUACGCGGGCGUCAUCGGUCUCGGCUCCACGCUCGUGAACAAGAUCCUGUCGUACGAGAACCCGCUCGAUCUCUUUGAGGACGUGAAGGAUACCGUGGGCGGCGUCGCGGGCGCGAUCGGAUCCGCGUCCUCGGCGGCGGCGGCGGCGGCUCCUCCUCCGGCGAAGAAGAAAGCCGUCUCCAAGGAGGACGGGUACGGUCCCGCGCCGGAGCCGAAGAAGGCGGCGCCCGCGCCCGCGCCGAAGCCGGUCGCGAAGGCGCUCGAGUCGUUCGCGGAAGUGGAAGAGGAGGUGGAGCCUGAGCCUGAGCCUGAGCCUGAGCCUGAGCCUGAGCCUGAGCCUGAGCCUGAGCCUGAGCCUGAGCCUGAGCCUGAGCCUGAGGUCGAGGAGGAGGAAGUCGUCGAAGAGGAAGCGGCCGAGGAGGAAGCGGCCGAGGAGGAAGCGGCCGAGGAGGAGGCGGUCGAGGAGGAGGCGGUCGAGGAGGAGGAAGAGGAGGAGGCGGCGGUCGAGGAGGAGGAGGAGGAAGAGGAAGCGAUCGAGGCCUCGGAAGACAAGUCGGAGCCGCUCCCGGAGGAGAGCACCGAGUCCGCGAAGAAGGACAUGUGAGCCUCCUGCGAGGUUGUGCGUAAGCGGCGUCUCUCAAUAAUAUAAGAUCUAAAGCGCCUC